AUGGUGGAGAACCUCGGGACAGCCGCCCGCAGCGCGCUGGCAGCCCUCUCCCCAAUGCCCCGCCCUAUGCCCGGAGCACCCCCUGGGGGUGGACUGCGGCUGGAAGCUGUGAUGGAGACCCUACAGAGGCAGCAGGCAGCCCGGCUAGCUCAAGGCGGGGUUCCACCCCCAUCUCCUCAUCCAAUCCCCCCAUCCCUGCCUCCCCAAAGAUCCCAUCCAGUGCUUUCCAGGGCCCAGCAGUCUCCUGAGGAGGGGGUUCUGGGGGGCACUGAAGAGGGUGAAAAUGAAGAGGAGGAAGAGGAGGAGGAAGAAGAUGAAGAGGAGACUAGGCCUCAAGGGCAACCUCCCCAGCCCAGCCCAGGUCCAGGCCUACCUGUGUCCACCCCAAACCAGCCUUCUGGCCCCCAGCACCAUGAGUGGACUUAUGAGGAACAGUUUAAACAGCUGUAUGAGCUCGACGCAGACCCCAAGAGGAAAGAAUUCCUGGAUGACCUGUUCAGCUUCAUGCAGAAGAGGGGCACCCCAGUGAACCGCAUCCCGAUCAUGGCAAAGCAAGUGCUGGAUCUCUAUGUGCUGUACCGCCUGGUGACGGAGAAAGGGGGGUUGGUAGAGGUCAUCAACCGGAAGGUGUGGCGGGAGGUGACUCGGGGCCUGAGCCUGCCCACAUCUAUCACCUCUGCAGCCUUCACGCUGCGCACUCAGUAUAUGAAGUAUCUCUACCCCUACGAGUGUGAGACUCGGGCGCUCAGCUCUCCCGGGGAGCUCCAGGCAGCCAUCGACAGUAAUAGACGAGAAGGCCGGCGCCAGACCUACGGGACAGCCCCGCUCUUCAGCUUCCCGGCGGCGGGUGCCCCUCCUCCUCCUCGGGGGCCCUCAGCCACCUCCUCAGCAACGCCAGGUUUACCAGCUCUCGCCUGCGCUCAGCUUGGCCACAGCCAGGGACACGGACACGCCCCCAUUAAGAAAGAGGAGGGCUCAGGGCCUGCACCAACAGUGGCUACACCAAGAAUUUCACUACCAAUGGCCUUGGGCCCCAUGAGGGAAAAGAUAGGGCCAGAGGAACCCCCUGAGAAGAAGGCUGUGUUGAUGGGACCUUUAGACUCUCCUCGUCCAGCCUUACCUCCCAAUCUCCUUCCAAGGAGCAAGACUUCUAUCCGAGAAGAGCCACUGGAGGUACCCCUUAACAUGGCAGGCAAUGGCAUCAGCAGCAUCAACAUGGCCCUGGAGAUCAAUGGCAUUGUCUACACUGGAGUCCUCUUUGCCAGGAGACCACCUACAGUGGCCUCAGCCACCAACAACAGCAGGAAUUCUCAGGGCCCAAGGAGUCCUGGACUCCAUACUCCUCCAGGUCCCCUCUCCAGCACCUCACCUUAAAGAGACCUCCAGCUCAAGAACCUGGAUUCUCAGCUACAUCCUGGUUAUCAGAGGAAGGAGAAACCCCUUUCAUUGUUUGUUCUAGUCCCCUCCCCUACCUGGGCACUCUCAGGCAUAAGGGAAAAGAAAAAAACCCAUUCUCCCCCUCCCAGUUGAGUUCCCUUCUCUAUUCCCUAUACCAAAUGAUACCCCAACCUCCAUUAUGGACUUUGAAGCCAAACAUUUUGCUGCAUUACCAUGCCUACCUCAUUGUAAUGGGGGUGAUGCUCCUGACCCCUAUUCCAUCUACACCUACCUAGCCAAAGAACUAUCCCCUCCCCCUUGUAUUAUAUAUACCAAAGAGCUCAGCUGCCCUCUUCGAGCUUGGUCUUAAACCCUGUCUCCAUUUCUGUCUUUCCUUUGUUACUGCGCCCUCCCCAUCCUUAGUUAGUGCUCCACCCCACCCCUGCCCUUUUAAGUCCUCCUCUCCCAUCUGAGUUCCUUGUAAGACUUUAGACCGAUUUUUUUGGAGGGCCAAAACCCAGGGAGGACUCAGAAAGGGAAUCCAUUUUGGGGGCAGCACAACCAAACAAUAAACUUGCUGCCCUUACUGUUCUAAGCAUGAA